UAGUGACAAAGAAUGGAGUGUGGAUUGGAUGCUGAGCCUGCACUGUUAAUAUACACAGUGUCGUCUGUAACGUGAACAGUCCUGACACAGUUUUGCAAAUGAAUUUGAAAUAGCGGCACGGCAUGGCGUGAGUCUAGAGAAAGGAGCGGCUCCAGAGGACUAAGAGGGAAUAAAGCAGCAGCAGUAGUGAAAGUUUGCUCUCCGGGUUGGUGGAGCUUUCGGAACACGAUGCCGAGUUCGGGCUCGCGUGGACGGCACGUAACGCACACGCGCGGAGGUUUCCAGGUUCCGUUUCAGAUGCACGAGCGCAUUCCGGUUUGACGUGUCGCAAUGAGAAUCCUCCGGCGGACCAGCGCGGCCACAAGCCAGGAGAAAUAUGACUCUGAAAGCGGAAUUUUCCGCCGUGAAUAACGGACUGACAGCUUGAUGAUGCCGGCCGCCUCUGUAGGAGGAGCAGUGUUUUGUUGAGGCGCGUGGACACACGCCAGGAAAUUGGACGCGGACAUGAGCUUUUUUACUCGUUUUGAAGACGCAGCGGGUCUUCGGAAAUUUCCAUUUAGCCGAUGUAAUCCAGAGUGACAGAUUCUCACAGAAACGCACAUUGAGCACUCAGACCUGCUGCGGUGACGUUCAUGGAGGUCCGCUGGCUCCUGCUGCAGCUCAGAACCAGCCUGCUGCUCCUGAGCUUGAUGGUAUGGUCUGUAUCCAGCCGAGGCGUGUACACCAAUUCCUGGGCCGUUCACAUACAUGGGGGAAAGGAGGAGGCCCAGCGCAUAGCCCACAAGCACAACUUCAUCAACCACGGCAAUGUCUUUGGGGACUAUUAUCACUUUCAGCACAGGCACGUUGUGAAGAGGUCUCUGUCUGGUCACCAUGGUGUUCAUGCCCGUUUGCUCUCCGAACCACAGGUGUUUUGGGCAGAACAGCAGGUUACCAAGAGGAGGAGGAAGAGGGAUAUUUACAGCGAGCUGACAGACCCAAAGUUCCCCCAGCAGUGGUACCUAUACAACCCGAGUCGGCAAGACCUGCAUGUGAAAGAAGCCUGGGCUCAGGGCUUCACGGGGAGGGGAGUCGUCAUUACCAUCCUGGAUGAUGGCAUCGAGAAAGAUCACCCAGACCUGGUACAGAAUUAUGAUCCAGAUGCAAGUUAUGAUGUGAAUGACCGAGAUUCUGACCCACAGCCCAGAUACACACAACUGAAUGACAACAGGCAUGGGACUCGCUGUGCUGGAGAGGUGGCUGCUGCAGCAAACAACAGUGUCUGCGGAGUAGGUGUAGCCUACAAUGCCAAAAUUGGGGGUGUGCGUAUGUUGGAUGGUGAGGUGACAGAUGUGGUGGAGGCUCAGUCUCUAAGCAUCAACAAUCAACACAUCCAUAUUUACAGUGCCAGCUGGGGCCCAGAGGAUGAUGGGAAGACAGUGGAUGGCCCUGCCAAGCUGGCUAAGGAGGCAUUUCUACAAGGAGUCACUGAGGGUCGAGGCGGUCUGGGCUCUAUUUUUGUCUGGGCGUCAGGUAACGGUGGCCGCGAGAAGGACAGCUGUAACUGUGAUGGCUACACCAACAGCAUCUACACACUGUCCAUUAGCAGCACGACUCAAUAUGGCAACGUGCCGUGGUACAGCGAGGCCUGCUCCUCCACACUCGCUACCACCUACAGCAGUGGCAACCUCAAUGAGAAACAGAUUGUGACAACCGAUCUGAGGAAGAAGUGCACAGACUUGCACACCGGCACGUCUGCUUCAGCCCCUCUGGCUGCAGGCAUUAUUGCUCUUGCCCUGGAAGCUAAUAAGAAUUUGACCUGGAGAGACAUGCAACACCUGGUGAUUAAAGCAGCACGUCCCGCCCACCUCAUCACAAAUGAUUGGAGGACCAAUGGCGUUGGCCGCUUGGUGAGCCACUCAUAUGGCUAUGGUCUGCUAGACGCAAGUGCUAUGGUGGCAUUGGCCCAGAACUGGACCAGUGUGGGGCCGCAACACAAGUGUGUUAUCAACAUGCUUUCUGAGCCCAGGGAUGUGAGAAACCAUCUGGUGUUCAGUAAGAGUGUGGAUGCCUGUUUAGGACAGCCUGAUUUUGUAAGCUCACUGGAGCAUGUGCAAGCCAGACUCACGCUAUCAUAUACACACAGAGGGAACCUGGCCAUCCACCUCUUCAGCCCUCUGGGGACCCGUUCCACACUGCUGGCUCCCAGGCCCCAGGACAACUCACCAGACGGUUUCAAUGACUGGGCCUUCAUGACAACACAUGCAUGGGAUGAGGACCCACAAGGAGAAUGGACACUGGAAAUAGAGAAUGUGGCUGGGCUUAAUGAUUAUGGUGUUCUAUCACAGUUCACACUAAUCCUAUAUGGAACAGGCUCCAGUGCUGUGGACCCAUCUGCUUCAGAUUUCGUUCGGCCUUCCAACAACAGCUGUAAAACCUUUGAUGCGCAGCAGAUCUGUAUUGAGUGCAGUGCUGGUUUGUGGCUCUUUCUACAAGGCUGUGUGAAGUCCUGUCCUCCAGGGUUCACACCUGGUCUGCAGCUCCUCAACCUCUCUCUGGAGAACUGGGUGGAGCAGUCCUCAGUGCAGGCAUGCCUGGUCUGCCACCCUGCAUGUCUGACAUGCUCUGGGCCUGGUGAGGCCGAAUGUCUCUCCUGCCCACCCCAUAGUCACCUAAUGGGCACUUCGUGUCUGCACCAGAACCAGGUGCAGCGUAAAUCUCCCAUCAGUCCAGUGCAUCACAGUGAGGGAGGUGAGGAGGCGGACUCAGAGAUGUCCAGAGUGGAGACAUCCUCACAUCUGCCUGUACUUGUGGCUGUGCUGAGCUGUGCCUUCAUUCUGGCUACGUUUGCAGCUGUUUUUGUGCUACUACAGCUGCACUCAGGAGCAGCCAGUGCCCCCUUCUGUAGGAGGACCAAACUACAAGUGACGGACUCGAGCGGCAGAGGUGUGCGGGUUGGAUUCGGCUUUGGCUUUGGCUUGGGUCGGGAUUUGACUAACAGCAGGGUGUUGUACCAAGGGAUUCCCACUGUGUGGGGGGACGAGGACACUGCAGGUGGAGUCAAUUCUGAAUCGGAGAAUGAAGACCUGGACUGCCACAGUGAAAAGACAGCUUUUAUACAGACACAGAGUGGUCUCUAGUGCUCCCAAUGACCCAUGUCUCACUUUUCACAUGCCUCAGUCUUCCUCUCGCAGGUCGAGUGAGCUGAUCGAAUCACUUCUUUUCUCUCCGUCUCUCCCACCUUAUGCAUUGUAGUCAGGCCACCGGAUUGGAGUUGAGAAACAAGUCUGCUGCAAUUCACGCCCUUCAAUUUUCUAGACUCUUCUAAGAGAACACACACACAGGCAAAUAGCUAUGUGUCUGUUCAGGAGGGAGAUAAGAGAUGUGGCAUGAGUCAUUCUUGUGGUUGGAUUUAAAUCUCUGAUGGCUCUCAGCAGGACAGCCUGCUUCCACAAGUCUGGAAGUUCUCUUUAUAUUUAAUUUAUUUUAAAUCCCUUUAUUUUGAAUUCUCAGUGGUGGUAUGAGUCGUGAGAUUUAAACUACGAAUUAAGAUCUGUAUGUGAGAAUGAAUGCUAAUGUUUCAUUUAGAGCUGAAAAAGGGCUGAAUUUACUCCAGUUGGCCUUUUAUUAGCAGUGGUCUAGACUGAAUUUAUGCACAAUAAUUUUUGAUUAGCCAGAGACCACAGCAUAAAGCCCAUACAUGUAUGUAGUUUUAUCAUCAAUGCGUUAUAUGCCAAAACAUGCUCUCUCUCUCUUUGUGUCAGUAAGUUUGUUACAUUACUAUAUUUGUGAUGGUUAUUGCUUAAAGAGAUCUCAGUAACACAUCAGAUUCUUUCAGAAGAUUGCUUGGAUCAUUCUGAAAACAGUGGAGGUAGACAAGAGUGACAUUUGAGAAUAACAGACUCAAAAAGAGUCUGAGAAAGCCCCUAAGCAAUCAGCAAGAAACUCAACCAACAGGGAGAGCAAAAUAUUGUUGUAACACUGCCCAUGCACAAGUCUGUCUGCUGAAAGCCUUACCAAGUAGAAGCGUGCUGAACAUCCAAAUUCAGCACCCAUGAGACCAUGCAUGUUGCAAGUUCUCUUUAAAUUAUAAUGAAGCUGGUUGAGUCAGGCUGCAAAUUUGGAUAAUCCUGUGAAAAUUUAUUACAACACCAGAACCUUGACGAGUUUGAAGAUCCAUCCUUUAUUUAGGCUUCGCCAACAUAAACCAAUCACAGUGAAAUAGAAACCUCAUGAUUUUCAAAAGCAGUAGAUUGUAUAUGCAGUGAAACACCAUGGCAAAACAAGUUCAAUUUAACUUAUCCAUUUAGUGGUAGAUUCAAUAAAUUAGUCACCAUCCAUAAAAUGCAUAUAUUCAUCUUGUAGAUGAAGGCUGGCCAGUUCCAGUUCUACGGUCCAUCACCGGUUCCUGCUCGUAGAUGCCUGAUUUAAAUUCAGCAGUUAAUUGCCAAGUUUAAUAGAAAUGUGAGAGCAGGGAGAUGAGCAAACUAGACUGGAUUCCAGACUGAGCUAGAAUAGAGCACUGCUGGUCUAGAUCAACACAACUCCUGAUGGCCCAGUCCCUGGAGCUUUAACGCUGAAUAAUAUAGAUAAACACACCUUGUGUACAAUCCUUGGCCACCUAUAAGGCCAGUCAUGAGUUGGGUCAAGUGUGUUGGGUGUUGGUUAACCUUAACAGCGUGCAGGGCAGGGGGUCCUAAAACUGGAUUUGAGAAAGUCUGAUCUAGAUCAAGCCCAAGCACGAGACUUAUUAUGGGUAAAUUGGCUUGGAACAUCUGGGAGUUGAAAUAACCUUGUAUAAUGAGUUUUCUCUUUUCUCAUGCGGUGGGCAAAGUAAUUUUCUUUGCCCCAAAGGAAGCUUUAUUGAUUUUGUGGUUUGAUGCACUAAAAGCUGUCAGAACCAGUGUGGUAAGGGGCUCAAGAGAGUUUUUGGCAUUUGUUUCACAGAAGAUCAAUGUUAGCCUGGUGAUUGGCUCUCUCUUUGUUCCAAGCUUUGGAUUUUGUUAUAGUGUAGAUGCAGUAAACAACACAAACCCCCAUGGUGGAAAUGCCACUCAUGUACAGCACUAAUAAUUCCUCUGUUUAGAAAUAAUAGAUAUGAAGAGCAACAUAUUCCAUCCUAUAGUCAUGUGUUCAUCAUUUUAAAGAUGUCAGUUAUCUUAUUAAAUUAAUUUGAAUUAAAUACACUCUGGUUCUGAAAGUCAUUUGAAUAAUAAUUGUGUUUAUUAAAAUUUCUUUAAUAGUUAUUCCAAAUACUGGUCACUUUAUUGGGUACACUUGCUCAUUUAUCCAAUUAUCCAGUCAGCCAAUCUGGCUGCAGCGUAAUCCCACCAAUACAGGUCAAGAGCUCUGGUUAAUGGUCAAACAACAGAAUGGGGGGGAAAGGAGGAGAAAACGUGAACUCUGUGACUUGCCAUGGACCGAGACGUGAAUCAGUCAGUAUCUUACCUAUCGUAGCAUUUAGUGUGCUUUUAGAGAUGAAUAAUGCUGGGCUUUUAGAAUAAUGUUUUUCCCGGAGUGAUAAAGCUUUGUAGUGCAGAACAGGAAAUGACUGUGGAAAGGUUGCAUAUUUAUUAUAGGUAAUAUAAACAUACAGAUAACAUGCUAAUCCUCAUCUGAAAGUCAUUCACGGCUUUACAUUCAAAACCCACUGUUCCCUGUGUGGUUAAUGCACUGGGAGAGCAUUAAUAGAGUGGCAAAUCUGAGAUUUAUCAGAGACUGAUGCAAGAACGUUCAUGCUCUCUAAAGCAUGACAAGAUAUAGUUUAUGGAAAUAGUGUAUAGAAAAUGAUUUCCAUAAUUAACUCCACUGGGAGAGAGGUCCGACUCUAAUUCACGCCUAGAGCGCUUGCAUGCCUGGCAUUAUAACUAGGAUACAACACGUGUGCUUCUGGGGCAUAGAGAGGCAGAUUCCCUCGACUUCCCUUGUUAUAGAUGCUUAUUAUUCAUCAUCAUUCUCAGUAUCUUCAUCAUGUGUAUGUUCACAAUACAAUCAUCGGUUCCACUACAGAUGAAGCGGAGGUUGCCAGUUCAUCAUGUUUAAGCCAAAUCACACUAACUGCACCUGAUUAUUUCUGGUUUAUUUAAUCCAGUGUUCUGCCAGAUGUUUCUCCAGCCUUAUAUUAAUCUCAUUAGUAUUGUGGAAGGAGGUGUGCAAGCACUGCUGUGAAACGUCAAACUCCGAGCUCGAUAUGUGCUUCGAAAAUCCAGUUGCCUGCUGACUAAACGUGUCAUUUGAGUGAAUUCUCGAGUCAAAUAAAGCACAAAACAAGUAGGCCAGUCAAGUGAAGCUAAACCGCAAACACAUUCUGCGGAGAGUGCUGUCAGAUGUUGAUUUUGAACACAAUAGAAAUCAUUAACACAAUCUUAAAGGUUCCAUCUUGUUGCUCAGAAAUAUACUGACACCCUACCUUCCCUGUCAGCAAGCAACCUUCAGAAGUGCUGUUUGAAGGUCUGUUACAUGAGGAGUAAAUAAGAAAAUCGAUAUUGGUUUCAGACAGGCCAAUCUGAAGCGCAGUUUCUUAAUACGUACUGCUGGCUAAAAUAAAUAGAUCACAUUCAACAAGCUCAUCAUAUCCGAGUGUGAUUUAUUUACAGGAAACAGUGGCCGCUCUUCAAGUCAUGUAUUAAUCUUUUACGCUGUAGCACUGGCCCACUUUGUGCUUUCUUCGUAGCAGCUUGAACAAACAAAAAAAAGUAUUGGCGCUGACGUUCCUUAAAACGUUUCCGCCUACGUGUGACGUUCCUUGAAGCUCACACAUUCAACAAUCAGGGCUUAGUCAGUGACAUUUAAUGUUCCUGGUUGGCUCAUUGUUCCAUCCAAUACAAACAGGAAACCUACAUUUAGGCAUCCCUCUUUAUUUAACCCUGCCCCCUUCCAAACUGACUGAUUUCUCCUCCAUGACCCCUCCAUCUACAUCAGCUGCACAGCUGUCUCACUUCAUCAAACCCCUGACACAAGAUUUCAAUUCUCUGCAGCUUCUCUCCCUUGUAUUCUGGCAGGCAGAUUGAUCAGUAAUGGAGAGAACUCUCUCUGAAGUCUUCCCUACCCUAGGGCAGCUUCAGAAUCAGUUUGCUUCACCUAAAUGCUGACCUCCAUCAUUGGAUGACAAGCCGUGAUAUCUUCUCAGAAACAGACAAUUUUCCAUCAGUAUCUGUAAUACGAGAAAAAUUCCCCAGUUUGUUUAUCCAUGGGACUGGUGUAUCAACAGGGAUCAAAAGGUCUCUUCACAAAAAGCAACCAUCCACAUCAGACAGAAUCUGUAGGUUUCCCAGCAUUUGGAAUAUAGGUGUUGGGUAAAAGGGGCAGGAUCAGUGAAGGAUAUUGGUUAUACAUCAUAAUAACAACAAGUUCCUUACUGCCCCCUGCCUGUGCAAUACAGACCAACACCCUGAGACGCUUCUGUAAUAUAAACCAGCGCAGAUAUGCCUGUAGCAGUGUUUCCACUUUCUCAUUAGAAUAAUGUUUUCUUACUGAUUUUAUUCUGUAUUCAGCUUGCGUGUGUUCACGAUAAAAAAAAAAAAAAGAAAAAAGCAAUGGCCGGACAAAAUGACAUUACAUUAUAAUGCCAUGGCUGAUGUUUAUUAAAUAUCAACUUUAGCUACUUUGCAUUUUCUUUUUUCUCUUUUUUUUUUUUUUUUGCAUUUCUUCAUUUCACAUUAACAUCCUUCCAGGAAGGAAUCGACACAAAAGAAGAAACAAAAUAUUUUUGUCUCUACAUAACAAGAAAAAAAAUAAUAAUUCUUCUGUUCACAUCCUACUACACAUGAGAAAUAGUUAGACGUAAUUGUCCAAAAGUAAGUUUUUGUAGGGGAAGUAGGCAAGGAGAUAUAGAGGGGUACAGACAGGAUGGCAGUGACAUGUGGUGAAUAAACAAACCCUCAAUAGAACAAAAAAAAUA